AGUGCCUCUCCGAACUACCGCUGCCACGAAUCGAGCUUGUCUUCACUGAACCUGUGAACCUGGACGAAAAUGGAGUGUGUGUGUGUGUCUCAGUGAGGAAUUAACGCGAUGUAAGCGUUUAUGAAGAAGUUAUAGACGAGCGACAGAGGUUUUGAGCUCUCACAAGAGUUCCCGGGAGGCAGCCAAGAUGGGGGACCUCUUGAAAACUGAAACAGAUCUUCUUGGGAUGAUUAAGGAGUACCUUAAGUUUGAGGAAUUUGAAGAGACUAUUGAAAGUUUCGACAAGGACUGCAAAGGUAAAGGAAAGCUCAUCUCCGAGCCUCAAGGAGCCAAUCAAAGAGACUCAAAGAUCAGAGCCAUUCAGAAAGACCUUCUUUGCUCUUUUGAUGAUGGAGAUCAACAAGUGUUCUUCGAACUAUGGACAGAGAACAUUCCCUCUGAGGUAAAAGACAUAGAUGCUGAGGCCCUGAGGCUGGAGUUCUAUCUUAACAUCCAUUUCUCCAUCUACCCUCUGAGGAGGCACCCUCUUCAACAUGACAGAGCCGAGUUCGAGAAGAGGAUUGCCCUCUUCAGAAAGUACCUGGAUACUCGAGGAGCCUCGCUGAGUCAGUCUGCUGAGUUUCUGCCUUACUAUGCCUUGCCUUACGUUCCCAACCCCACCGUCCACUCCUCCUUCAAAUAUCUUUUCCAUGAUUCUUGGAUACCACAGUUGAAGAAUAAGCUGGAGCAGUUUCUGACGGCGACCCUGAAGCCGACCUUCGUCCCCAGGUUGCUGGAUUUAUAUGAGGACGGAAAGAGCACAAAAGAGAGCAUGCAGCAGUUACAGCUCCAGCUCAGUGAAUCAGAACGGCGCGUCGCCAGCUGUGUGCGGAAGUUCAACAAGAUGCAGUCCGACUACCGCAACCUGGUUGGAAUCACUGCCGAGCUGGUCGACUCUCUGGUGGCCACUGUCAGCGGAAAAUUGAUCUCCCCCGAGUACUUGCAGAGUGUGUGUGUUCGUCUGCUCAACAACCAGAUGAGGCAAGGCGUGGUGCAGAGCACGGACUUCACCAGACCCGGCACUGGAUAUUACUCUAUGAGUCCCUAUGAUGAUGGCUAUGCCUCCUCAAUGCUCCGAGCAUCCAUCGCUCCACAGAGACCCAAGGAGGGGCAGAUAUUCCCCUCCCUUGACUACGAGAGGCUGAAGAAAGACCUGGUUGAAGGUGCAGACAGACUCCAGUCUCUGCUGCUUCAGGCCCUGCGCUGGAGGCUGACUCGCUCGCUAAAUAAUGAACAGAGAGAAUCUGUGCUUCAGGCCUAUAUCAGCAAUGAUCUGCUGGAAUGCUACAGCACUAAACAGAAAACCGUGGUCCAUCUAUUGAGGUCAAAGAACGAGAUUGUCCGGCAAUACAUGGCUCGUCUCAUCAAUGCAUUCGCCUCCCUUGCAGAGGGUCGGGUCUACCUUUCCCAAAUCCCCACUCUUCUGAAACUUCUGACUGAGAUUUUCAAGCGGGAGGAGAAAGACUCCCUAGUGAGAGAGAUCGUGCUCAUUGCCCUGGAGAAACUCACCCUCAGGAGGAGCCUGCAGAUGGCCAUGAUUGCAGACAAUCUGAUUGGCUGGCUGGUGGAUGAGCUGCAGGACCCAGACAGCCUGAAUGACAUUAACCUGGAGUUCAGUGCAGCUGUGCUAAUGAACCUGUGUCUGCACACAAAAGGAAAAAAGAAGUGUGCAGAGAACGCAGAGCAUGUGCUGAAGGUUCUUACUGACCUCCUCGGACAUGAGAACCAAAGGAUUCAACAAUAUGUGAACGGAGCCCUGUACAGCAUCCUGUCCAUUCCCUCUUUGAGACAGGCAGCCAGAGAGAUGGGUGUUGAGGAGAUUCUUCGCUGCUACAGCAAAGGGGAGAACCCAGUCCUAAACAGACAGAUUGAAUACAUCAUCAAACAACUGAACUCAACUGAGGAAGAGGAGCCAGAAUCAGAUGACGAAGAGGAAGAGGACGAAAAUGAUGAGGAUAUAUUGGAGACCUAUUGCGACAUUGAGGAAGUUCUCCAACCGCAGCCCAGGGAACUGUCUGGAGAGAGUCUGCUCACCACCGAGUACCUGGGAAUCAUGACCAACAUGGCUAAAGUGAAGAGGAAAUCCAUCCCAAUGACGCAGCCAAGUGCUGACGAACCACUGCAGCGCCCAGUCACACCAAGUUCUCAUCGUAAUGUCAACGCCGCUGACUUUCGACCAGGUAGUCCGUGGUGUGGGAUCAGCAGGGACAGUGAAAACUCUCUGAGUCGACAGAAGAGCGAGGAUGGAAGCCUUGUACCCUCCAGGUUCAACUCCAGACCUCCCACGCGCUCCGGCAGUCGCCCCAGCACUUCUGAAUCCCUACGACACAGCAUCGACUCACAGUGUGGCCGGUUGUCCCAGGAUUCAGAGCUGGACGGCCCGUACGAAGGACCGGCCACAAAGGGACGCUCCCUGGAGGAACACAAUGGAGACUUUUCCAGCACAUUCACUUCCAAGGAGUAACACGUUGGGUGUCCAGGCUGGUUUCCAUCCAGACGUCACAUUUAGAAACCGGAGUCUUGUCACCAUGUUGCUCUAGUGGCGGCUGAAAUUAUGGGAUGGAAUUGAGUCGUUCAAAGCGAUAUUUACCUCCACCGAGGAGGAUUUGUUUCCUCCCCCCCCCGUCCAUUGGUUUGUUUGUUAGCAGAAAAACAACACAACAGAAUUCCAAGAAACUCUGGAGAAGGGGGACAUAUGCCAGGAGAGACCCUAUUCAGUCUUGGCCUUUGUAUUGAAAGGAAAGAAUUUGUUUUCUUUUUCUUUACUAUUACCAAAUAAAAGGAUUUUUGUGACAUUUUCAUGAAUGCUUGAUUGAAUUUAAGGGACCUGAUGAACCAUGGCGGCGGUAUGUGCUCAUUCUAGUGAUGGCAGUUUAGUUUUGUUUAUCCAAAAAUCGAUGGUGGUAACGAGGCUGCCUGUGCACACUCACAAAGGUCACUCACAUUCAGCAGAUUCAGAGUGACAGGUACCAAAGUGUUUUGUUUUAUGGCUAUAACCAAUUCUCAGUCUCUGUUCAUGCAUCUCAAGAUAUGUUGAAUUUGACAGUUGUUAAUGUUUUACUGUUACAAUACAGGUUUAUCACAUACUGUAGGUUGCUCACUGACUAAAAAGCUGGAAGCUAACCAGGUCAAAUCUCUGGCUCUAUCUGAAUUUCAAAGCUUGAAGGAAGGAAACCUUUUUCUUUUUUUGGGGGGGAAACUCUGGUACAAAGAGCACUCAGGCGCACUUCAGUAAAUAUCAUUUAUAGGGAAUCGCAAAGGAACAAACAUCGGACUCUUGAAAGUUGGACCUUAGUUAAUCUGUUUUGAUUCGAGGUUAUGUAUUCAGCCAUGUCAGUUUCCUUGUUGGUUUGUAUUUAAGAAGGAUUACACAGAUGGAUUACCACUAACCAACCAACUUGGUGGAAGGAUGGGCUUCACCACGAGAUGGGCCUUUUUGCAAUUUCUCCGGGAAUAAUUCUGGACCUUGAUGAAAAACAUUUUGGUAUAUUUACGGUACUGUUAGAUUUCUGUAAGUGUGUUCAAAUCUGAUCUGGCUCUGGGGCUAUUGACUGAAACAAGAGAAACUGAUUGUGUCAAGUGUCAAAAGCAAGAAGCUUGUGAGAGAGCUGUGUUGUACCCAGGGCAUCCAUGACCUCUGUGCUGUGACACCGUCUGUGGAAUAAGAUCUGCAGAAAUGUGUGCUGUAAAAGUUAUAAAGCCUAAAUCCUAAUUUAUUUCCUCUCUUCUUAUC